GCGUGAACAGGACUCAUACCCACUUCUCAUUCAGAAAAUCAGAGGAGAAAAAAGCAGAAAGAUGAAGACUUUCUUUGUCCUGGUUGCCUGCGUGUUGGUAUCUGUCUGCAUGUCUACAGGAGAUAUCGCAGACCCUGAACCUGAGCCUGACCCUGCUGCUGACACUGCAGCUGCCAAUUCAACCUCUUCCUCGACUUCAGAUUCAUCCUCUCAUCAUUCUGCCUCCGACUCGUCCUCAUCCUCAUCAUCAGCAGCUGAGACCGCAAGUGCUAAGGAGGUCUUUGUGGAGAAAGACAAGGCGUCUACAUUCAUGAGGAUGAAGAGAGCCGCACUUGCAGACCUGUCCCCUCGUCAGCGGGAGAGUAUUGUUGAAGUCGCAAGGACUGUCAUCGAAAUCCUUGACAAAAAGCCAGACUAUCCUAAACUUAUGAUUGUAUAAUCCAAGCCUUCGUCUCUUCCUCAUCGAACAACUAGCCACUUCAGCUCCCAACACGGUCAUCGCAUUUUACCAACUUCCACCUUUACACCAGAUGCUAGCAAAUGUUCCAUGAAAAAAGCUUCUUCUUUUUUUUUUUGCUGAUGUAUUAUUGAUUGUCAUAUGAUAAUCUUAAC